GCUCCCUCCGGCUCGCAUUGGCGCACUAAUGAGGCGGUGGUCCUCCCCCCCGGCGCAAGCUGUUGUCUCUCUCUUGUGUGGUUUUGAGUUUUUGAUCCAUCUCCCACAUUACCCAUCCAUCACAAUGUCUGACGUCCAGGUCGAGAAGGCUUUCCAGAAGCAGCACGGUAUUUCCCUGAUCAACAUCAAGAAGUACGGUGUCAAGAAGGCUUCUUCCACCCGCUUCUACAAGAACGUUGGUCUCGGUAUCCGCACCCCCACUGAGGCUAUCAAGGGCAACUACAUCGACAACAAGUGCCCCUUCACCUCUGAUGUCUCCAUCCGCGGUCGCAUUCUGUCCGGUGUCGUCGCCUCCACCAAGAUGAACCGCACCAUCACCGUCCGCCGUGACUACCUCCACUACGUCCGCAAGUACUCUCGUUACGAGAAGCGCCACCGCAUGAUCUCUGCUCACUGCUCUCCCGCUUUCCGUGUCGACGAGGGUGACAUCGUCACUGUUGGCCAGUGCCGCCCCCUCUCCAAGACCGUCCGCUUCAACGUCAUCCGCAUUGACCGCAAGGCCACCGGUGCCCAGAAGCAGUUCACCAAGUUCUAAAUUGGUCCCCGAACUCUCUGACGGGUGCUGUGUCGUCGUCGCGCGCGCGUGCGCGUGUGUUGUGUGAGUGUGCGUCCCCUCCUCUCGCUCGCGCGUGCGCGCGCGCGCGCACAGGCACGGGUCCCCCCGCCCUCCCCCUGUGCGUGUGCGUGUGCGUGUGCGGCGCGUCGUGUGUCCGCGCCUCCUCCUCCCUCCACACGUGCGUGUGCGUGUCACGCUGACGGUUGGGCGUUGUCCUUGUCUUUGGUGCUCGGACGCGGCCGCCCCUCGCGCGCGCGAGAGCCGCAUGCUUGCCAUUUUCACAAUAAAAGUGUGUACCCUC